AUGGAGCUGCCUUCAGAGUCAGACAUGGGUAACUUUGCCGGCUCACAUCGGCAAGAAAUCAAGCUUGGAUAUAAUUCCAAGUCUACAAAAAUCAUGACUGGUAUACUCCAUGCUCCUCUGCUUAUGAUGACCACUAUCACGGUGGCUCUGAACCUGAGCCUGAGCCCUAUGUUGGUUCAUACUCUGCAGAAUAACACAGAAAAAUUCAGUGUACAGAAGAUUGGGGCCCCAGAGGCACUGCGAUAUGCCGUCCGCAAGUACAAUGAAAACAGCGAUGAAUUGUAUCUGGAUGUUGUUGUGCAAGAGAAAGAUAUAAAAGUCCAGCAUGAAGCAGCUGGAACAAAAUAUCUCUUCCAUGUGAUCCUAGGCCAAAGCAUAUGCUGGAAUCUUGAGCCUUUCCUUCGCUCCUGUCCCUUAAAAGAUCCUCUUCAGCGAAAAACCUGCCAUUUUGAGGUUUAUGUUGAGCAAUUGAAGAACCAGAUGUCCCUGACAAGUUCCAAAUGUAACAACAUGUAA